GUCCGUUGCUUACCCUCGCGACUGCAAAACUGACACCCCCAACCACAUCCCCGCUGCACAGGCUGCGGUACCUACUCAACGCCUCGCGCCUCGGCACCAGACGAACGACCCUAUACAAGACCGUCGGCUUCACCGGCGCGGGAUACACCUUCCUCGCGCUAGGCACGCCCAUCCGACUCGAUUCGAAAGAGAACAGCACGAUGGCAGGCGACGCCGUCGACGACGAUGUGAGAGUGCAGACGCAGCAGAGUCCGCUCGCGAGCCAGCGCGCGAAGGAGGAGGGACAGGCGCAGACGGGCAGGUUUGCGACGUGGUUUCCUCUCGGCGCGAAGGAGGGCUUCAAUCAAUGGUGGGCUGGUCUCUCGCCUGAAGCUACGGAGCAUCGCGUUUUGUCGUUCAUACCGUAUCUGCAGAAGCCGCCGACGCACACGCAGACAGGGUCCGCGCCCGUGUCUGCUGCGCAGUCGUCUACAGACGUUGCGUCGAAGUCGGAAGAGCAUACGACUACGAAUAGCAUCACAGAUCCUUACGGCCCGCGGAGGUGGAACUCGGAGAUGGUGGAGCUGAGCGGGAAGGGCCGCGCGCUGAAUGAGUUCUCGGUGGAGAGGAUAGGGGAAGAGGUGGAGAAUAACUUGGUGAUGGUGCACGGCUACGGCGCGGGACUGGGAUUCUUCUAUCGCAACUUCGAGGCCAUGUCGAGAGCAGAGGGAUGGAAGGUUUUCGCGCUCGACCUGCUCGGGAUGGGCAGGAGUAGCCGGCCUGCGUUCAAGAUUCAUGCCAAGGACAAGGAGGGCAAGAUCAAAGAGGCGGAGAAUUGGUUCGUCGAUGCGCUAGAGGAGUGGAGGAUCAAGCGUGGUCUCGAUCGGUUCACUUUGCUCGGCCACAGUCUGGGUGGUUAUCUCGCAGUCGCCUACGCACUGAAGUACCCCGGGCGCCUGAACAAACUGAUCCUCGCAUCCCCCGUCGGCAUCCCAGAAGACCCGUACGCAGUGAACGAAGACAUACCCGCCGAACAGGACUCAGCAGCCGCUGAAAUCGCACACGACGCAUCCGUGACGGUGAAGCACCAAGGCGACAACAACAACUUCCUGAACCAGCGCGAGAAAGCCGACGAAGUGCCCGACGGCAAGCCCCCACGACGACGUCUACCCGGCUGGUUAAGCUACCUCUGGGACACCAAUUCCGUCUCGCCCUUCGCCCUCGUCCGAUGGAGCGGUCCCCUAGGCCCACGCCUCGUGUCGGGCUGGACCUCACGACGCUUCUCGCACCUCCCGCAGGAAGAGGCGCAGGCCCUACACGACUACAGCUAUGCGUUGUUCCGCCAAAAGGGCAGUUCCGAGUACGCGCUAUUCUACAUCCUCGCGCCGGGGGCCUUCGCGCGCAACCCGCUCAUCCGACGCAUCGAGGGGGUGGGACGACAGUGGAUACAAGCGCACGACGCCCCCACCGUCGACGGCGACACCCCCCCGCCAAAAUCAUGCAGCAAGUCCUCGAAGCCGUCCUCCACCGUUGCACCGUCAUCGACGCCCGCCGCACCAACGCAGCGCGAGCACGGCAUCCCGAUCGUCUUCAUGUACGGCGACCGCGACUGGAUGGACGUGGCGGGCGGGUACGCGGCGGAAGAGAAGAUCAAGCAGGAGCGUGCGCGCAUCUUGGCGACCGCGACGAAGGAGGAGCGCGAGAGGGACCAGGGCGAGGCGAAGGUCGUGAUUAUCAAUAAUGCGGGGCAUCAUGUGUACCUCGAUGGGUGGGACCAGUUCAACAGGGUCAUGCUGGAGGAGAUGGAGGAUGUGAAGCGGAGGGAGCGACAGCGACUUGCUCGAUGAUAUAUGAUACACAGACGUGGACUUUGGUGGUUUUGGGGGGAGUAUUCAACAUGGGACGGACGGUAGG